AACUGUGUCAAAAUCCGUCUUAUAAAUACAAAUACGCUAAUUUGUUUUGGAAAAUGAAAUGAUAAAUUUAAUGUUUACUUGAGUUUAGGGGUGGGGCUCGAAGCGGGCGCCAUGGUGCGGUGGAAGUAUUGCCUGGUGCUGGCGCUGUUGCUCCUGCGAACCGACGCUAAGGACGACGACGAUGAUGAAGACUGUCACAGAGGUGAGGAAAACGACGACGAGGAGGAAGACGAGGCGGACGAGAACGACGAGGAUGAAGAACGACCGGACACGAUGGAUAUACCUCCGGGCCGGCGGCCGCGGGUGUUGGGGACGCCGGCGGGCCAAGAGGGCGUUAGUCCGAGCAGGUUGGUUAGUUUGAACUAUAUAUAUACCUACAAUGAAGAACGACCGGACACGAUGGAUAUACCUCCGGGCCGGCGGCCGCGGGUGUUAGGGACGCCGGCGGGCCAAGAGGGCGUUAGUCCGAGCAGGACAACGAAGAGGGCUCCCCUCGAGUGCUACGUGUGUGGUUACAGAAGCGAGAUGCCGCUACGGUCGUGCCUUGAUCCUGCAAAAUACAGGGUUCAUUCAGUGACAUGUCACAACUUGGAUGACAAGUGCUUCACAACAGUGAUAUCAAAAGACAAGGCGUACGUGGCCGUCAUCCGCGGCUGCCGCACCGGCUGUGUCGGUUCUCCGGACACUACGUGUUGUGAGCGAGACCGCUGCAACAACCAAGCGUUCGCGAUGCCCAUAGUACCUCGCGCGCACUCCGAUAGCUCAGCAGUGUCAACAUCCAUCGCUGCUCAAACCACGCCUUCCAACGUGAUGUUCUUCGUCACGGUACUACUGCUUCUCCAGACGGUGGUCAAGGUGGCCUUUGUGUAACAAAUACAAAAUAUUGGCAAUAUAAUGCUGAGAGCGUACAAACCUUUUUCAUCCACCGCUGCCCAGAGCAUUCCUUGGAACGUGCUGUUCUUC